GCAAUAACGUCAUACUUUUACGGGUUUCACGAACUCAAAAUCAGAGUCGACUAUGUGUCCUUCCUCUGUGAGGUUGUAAAUAUAGUGCUUGGUGAAACAAAAUUGAAGUUUAAUACACCAGAAAAGUUUAUCAUUGUUAUAUUGCAGAACAAUUGCUUGAGACACUGGGUUUUUUUAAAUUGAAGUAACGAAGAGGACUUGAGAUUUGGGGUUACAAACGGACAGUGGAAUUAGAACUCUACAAAAUUACAAGUGAUUGCAAUGUCUAGUAGGGGAAAUGUGCAGCGCCCUAAUGGCACUCAAGGAAAAAUAUGUCAAUUUAAACUGGUGUUGCUCGGCGAGUCAGCUGUGGGAAAAUCUAGUUUAGUUCUUCGGUUUGUAAAAGGACAGUUCCAUGAAUACCAAGAAAGUACAAUUGGAGCUGCAUUUUUAACACAGACAGUAUGUCUGGAUGACACGACAGUUAAAUUUGAAAUUUGGGACACUGCAGGGCAGGAAAGAUAUCACAGUCUAGCGCCCAUGUAUUACAGAGGGGCUCAAGCUGCCAUUGUGGUUUAUGAUGUUACGAAUCAGGACACAUUUGCACGUGCGAAGACAUGGGUGAAAGAACUACAAAGACAAGCCAGUCCAAAUAUAGUUAUAGCAUUGGCUGGAAAUAAGGCAGAUCUUGCAAAUAAAAGGAUGGUAGAAUAUGAGGAAGCACAGGCAUAUGCCGAAGACAAUAGUUUAUUAUUUAUGGAAACGUCUGCAAAAACAGCUAUGAAUGUGAAUGAUAUCUUUUUGGCGAUAGCCAAGAAACUCCCUAAAAGUGAAUCUAGUAGUCAGGAAUCGGGUGGACGCAGAAUAACGCCUGAUCAAUCAGGGGAUCAUUCAUCGGGUGGCGGUGGCAGCGGUUGUUGUAAAUCUUGAACAUGUAUAAUGCACACUUAUGAAGAUUCAUCAUACAAUAUAUACAAGAUUUGCUUUUAUUUUCCCUCCCAAUAUCUACUUCCCGUAUUACAAGUUAAAAAAACAUCAGAGUCCUGCUUGUACAUUGGCUUAUGGGAAAGUGGUCAAUUUACUUUGAGUGCUGGUGGCUGAGAACAGAACUUGAUCUUGGGAGACCGUAAGAAGUCUUACUGUACAUAGUAUCUAGAUUGUAUAGAUGUAGGAUGCCAGUCUUUAUAUAUCAAGUACAAUGUUAAAUGAAUUCCAUAUUUUAUGUUUUAUGAAUGACCUAAUAACUGUGGAAAAUCCCCCUCCCCCUUAACCUGGUCUUUGUGGUUGGGUCUCAUGAUAAUCAGAUGCUGUGAAAUUUCUUUAUAUAAAUAGCACUGUGAUUUAUCACAUUACAUAACUCAAAAAAAUAAAAAUUUAUUAAAAUACGGCCUAAUGAGCUUUGCUUUGCUUUUGUGUAGGAAAUGUUGUAUAUUUAAAUUUUUUUUUUUUUUUUUUUAAUGGGCAUGCAAGUUUAUUUUAUUAGAGGGAUCUAACUCGAUUCAUUGAUCAGUAUUGAAUAAUUAAAUGUACAUGCCCGUUAAGUUUUCUUAAUUUAAAUUCAGAAAGUUUUUGAAGAUUGCUGGAACACUAUUGUAUAAAAAUUGUAGUCUUCAUAAAACGUUACAGACCUGUUACAUUUUGGUGUUUUGUUGUAUUGUAGUUGUGUAUAUGGGGGCUUUAUGCUAUUGAUACUUGCAUUUAUUGUGCCCAUGCUUCCGAUAACAAAGUAUAAUCUCUGUAUUUAAGCCAAUGCAUACACAUUCAUGUAUAUCAAACCCUUUGACUUAUUUCAGAGUAAUAUUUACAGUCAAUUAUUUUAACAUUGCAAUCAGGCACCCACUUGUCAUUGUCUUCAGAUUGUCUUAUCUGGUGAAAAAGAAUGAUGCCUAUGUGAAAUUUCACUCGCUGUUCAAUCGUGUCGACGUCUUUGUCAAAUUUAUGUCCACUUUUUUUCUGGAGAAUAAAUGAAAAUGCAGAUAUUGUUUAUUAGGUGUGGUGCUGAGAUAGUGCGAUAUCCGCUGCAACCUUGUUCAAAACAGUGGUGCACUUUUUGAUUUUGAGGGGACACUUGCACUUGUUUAUUGCACCACUGUUUUGAUUGCGAUUGUAGCACAAUUAGUUAAUGCCAUGACCAUUCCUUCAUUCUAUUUUGUAGAAUGUUAAAAAAAACAAAAUGUACUUGAUGUGUUUACAGCAGAAACGUUUUUGUAGCUAUUGAAGAUUGUUGUACAUAAAGCUUUAUAUGCAAUAUACAUGUUGCUGAAAGAUGGACCACAUUUCUCAACCCUUGUCAGUGUCUGCAUCUGAGGGAAUUAUUCAUGGGGGUUUAAAACUGAAAUUGGUUCUUACAAAGCUAGCUUAAUGAAUGUAUAAACUAGUAGCCCAAUAAGUUGCAGUGCACAUUAUUGGUCUAGAUGCAGGAUAUACAUGUACUGACUUGACGCGACGCUUGCUACAUUUGGAGGAUACGAUUGCAGCUUGUCUAAUUCAGUUGUAGCCUGCAACUGUCAAAUGGCUUGCUUGGUCAAUCAAUGUGAAAGAGUUUGACUGUUUUAGUUUGGGCUAAUGAGAAGUACUGUACAUUGCAAGAUUGUAACGUUGGUACAUUCAUCAAUUUGCUUUACUUCAAAUGCCUACUCGCUGUGAUUUGGAUGCAAGACUCUUGUAGUGAACCAAUGUAAAGUUUUCCUUACAAGAGUGUCUCAGUGGAGUGCCACUGCUGCCUUAAGAUUUUUAGUCCAGUUCAGACAUGUAGACUUGACAUAACUAUUAACGGUUUUAAACAUGAAUACAAUAUUGGCUCCACUCGAUGUGUAUCUGAAAGACGCAUUUCAUUAUCCAACCCAACCCACAAAAUGUUUGCUUUGUAAUUGUAGCUUCCAACUGAACCUGUAGCUGUGUCUGCCUUCUGGAAGAGUGAAUGUGGUACUGUGUAGUCUGUCAAGUUGCAUGCUGCAAGCCAACAUGUGAAAUGACUAGUCUUGAACCAAGCUUUCGAAUCUCCAUUGCAGACAGAUAUCCCCCCACUCAUUAUUAAAUGACUAGUGUGUCUGGCAUGCAAAAUUUUUUAUAUAAAAAUGCUUACGACAGUAUACAACUAACAAUAAACAAAUCCUCUCAUAA